CCUCUCCUAGGUUACAUUUUAAUGUUGGGGGAAAAGGCGUGACGUCACGCCUUACAAAUAACGCGCACACGCGGAGAGGCACGAGCGCUUUAGCAGUAAUUGAUCUUCAUGCCAGUGUGUGACAGUGUGUGACAUGCACUGAUCGAGCUGCAUCAUGGAGGGUUCCGUGAGUUCGCGGCUCAUCAAGGUGUGCGCCGGGGUCGCGAUAGCUUUUACUGCAACCGUCCUGAUGCACGUGCGAGACCCGUCCGACGUGCUGCUGGACAGCGGUUACGGUUACCCCGAGCUGUGGCGGAAAACCGGCCUGGCCGGAGCACCGGCACGCGCUGCGGCGUGCAUCGUGGCGGGCACUCUGCUUCUGGCUGCGGGCUGGCUUUACCGGCUCCUGUUCGCUCCUCUGGAGCUGCUGCGGAGUCCGGACGAUGUGGGAUACGUGGCCGAGGAUGGGCGCUCCCGAGCCCGUGCGGCCAACGAAGUGCGGCGGAGGCGCAAGACCGGGGAACUGCCUCCAGUUUACCCGAACGGUUGGUACCGGAUCCUGGACUCGCACAUGCUGGAGCGGGGAGACGUCAAGAGCGUUACAGUUUUGGGUGAGCAGGUGGCUGUGUUCCGGGGUCAGGAUGGGAAGGUCCAUGUGGUGGAUGCCUACUGCCCCCAUCUAGGGGCCAACCUGGCUGUAGGGGGCCGAGUGGUGGGCAACUGUAUAGAAUGUCCUUUCCAUGGGUGGCAAUUUCGAGGAGAGGAUGGGAAGUGUGUCAGAAUUCCAUAUGCUGAAAAAGUGCCGGAGUUUGCUAAGGUGCGCUGCUGGCUGAGCUGUGAGGUCAAUGAGCAGAUCUUGGUUUGGUUCCACUGUGAUGGAGAGCAACCAAGCUGGACGGUUCCUGAGCAGAAAGAGAUCACCAGUCAGGAGUGGGUUUACCGCGGACGCACGGAGCACUUCAUCAAUGCUCACAUAGAGGAGAUACCAGAGAAUGCUGCAGACAUCGCUCAUCUGGCUCAUCUCCACACACCGGGCAUCGUGAGUGGCGUGGACCUGCGUUACACCAACAGCAAGACCUGGGAGUUCAUCCGCCAUGACUGGAAGGUGGAAUGGAAUCCAGAGCCGGAGCCUAAUAAGCACUGUUCUCAGAUGUUAGUAAAGCACGCCCUCACUGUAUUCGGACGCCACUGGCCUCUCUUGGACGUGAACGUUGUGGCCAGACAGGUCGGUCCAGGUGUAGUGUUCCUGCUGUUUAAUCACAAAUUCCUGGGUCGUGGUGUGAUCUUACACUGUGUGACCCCGGUGGAGCCCCUGCUGCAGUGUGUGUCACACACCAUCUUCUACCAGAGCAACAUUCCUCCGCUGGUGCCAAAAUUCAUCCUGCGAGCAGAGUGUAUUCAGUUUGAGCGGGAUGUAAUGAUCUGGAACAAUAAGAAGUAUAUCUCUAAACCGCUGCUGGUGAAAGAGGACUCGGCCAUCCAGAAACACCGGCGCUGGUACAGUCAGUUCUACAGCGAGAACAGCCCACGUCUGCGCUUCCAACACGACACGCUGGACUUCUGACCAAACACAUGGACUGGACUCAAGAUGUUAUGCAGCUGUUCAAUCAGAGAAUGAGGACAGGAUCCUUGCGACGGUCCUUCCCAGUCCUGAAACACUUUAGCGGAUUAAAUCGUGUAAGAUGAGCCCAUGAUCUUAAAAUAUUCAAACCUUCUACAAUCAGUACAGAAAAUCUCAAAAAACCCAAGAGGAUGCCGUGACGGUAGCAGCUUAUUUCCUUCCGUUUUUAAGGACCGUGCCGUCCUUGUUGAAGUGCCUGAGAGGACCGUGAAUCAUUAAUACAAGUGCUAACUUUCUCUCGCUCUGUGAGAAUCGCUGUAGCUUGACUUUCCUGCAUAUUGCAUUGUAAUCAGGGGAAUUCAACACAUCACAACACAUCGCAGACUCAAGAGCUCUUCCAGCCAAUGCAAGCAAUAACAGCUGACGGGCCAGGAGACUAAACCGAAGCCACAAGACUCGAUCAUUUCUACACUGUGAAUUACGGAGGACGUCCUCUUGGUGUUACUGAAAUACAGGGCUUGAAUUGGUGCAGCAGUCUCUGGAAUUAGCCACAUCGAGCCGCAUUGCUUCAAGUGUGUGUCAGAUUCUAUCACUGUAUGGCAAAGCCUGAAGCCGAUAUCUUUUUCUUAAUUAAUAGGAAACUGCUAUUUAGAAAUAAUAUCAAAGGAGGCGUGGUCUCUGUGCCUGUCUGAAUAAUAUUAUGUAAAAUCGCGGUCAGCUUUAAAAGUAUCUGCGAUAUAUAAUGGGUAAUUAAGCGUGCGUCAUCUUGGCCAUUGUCUCAGAACAGAAGAUGUACAAUGCUUUCUCCUUAAGGAAAUAAUACUUUUUAUCCAUUUAUAGUUAGGUUUUAAUGUUCCGCAAAACAUAGUAUCUCUCACGUUAUAUCGGAAAGUUUUACAUCCCUCUGUCCUUAAGACUGGGUCAGAAAACAGACCUUAAAAGCACUGACACUGGAGACUCCUUCCAGAGAUGCUUCAGAAAACCUAAUGCUAAUGUAUUGCAUUAAUAUAAAUCUGUGAUUUGAUUUGAGGCUGCUACAAAUAAAUUAAAAAUGACCAAUGACCAAUGUACACUGUAGCUACAUGUCAUUCAUCAUUCAGUUCAAACCAAUGCUGAAAUUGAAAGCAAAUAGAAUCCACUAUACAGUUUGUCUCUUCCUAUGUGAGGCUUCUUGAGGUUUCAGUGUGAUAUGUUCUUCAGGUUCAUUGCGAUAUGUUAGAGCAUGCACUAAAAGCGUUUAGCCUUUCAUAAAGCUCGAUAUCUACAGAACUGUUAUCUAAUCACGUUUUUCUUUUUAAAAACUAACAGUGGUGUUUGUCCUUGUGCGCUGCCAGACUACUUCCUGUUGCUCAUUUGCUGUAUUUGCAACAACGAGAGCAGUCUGUUCUGUACAAAUAGAAUAGAACGGCAUAUUCCAGCCCUAAUCUCUGCCCAUUAUUUUUGCAUAUGGCAUAUGGCUGAUUAACUCAAACUAGCAUUUCUGCACUGUUCUCUAAACUAAGAAUAAGUUUUGAAUGGAAAAUAUUCCCACAAACUAUUGCACUAUUAACACCAAAGUUCAGACUUAGAUAAAGUCACAAUAUGAAAUAUUGAAACAUGUUUUAAGGUGGAGCAGCACGGUGGCUUGGUGGUUAGCAAUGCUCACUCUUCACAGCAAGAAGGUCCUGGGUUCUCCCUGUGCCUGCGUGGGUGUACUCUGGUUUUCCUCCCACAGUCCAAAAACAUGUACAGUAGGUUGAUUGGUAAUUCUAAAUUGACCAUAGGAGUGUGUGUGUGUGUGUGUGUGUGUGUGGUUGUCUGUCUAUAUGUGUAGCCCUGUGAUGGACUGGUGACCUGUCUAGGGUGUCCCCCUGCCUUUUGCCCAAUGUGUGCUGGGAUAGGCUCCAGCAGAUCCCCGUGACCCUAAUUAGGAAUAAAGUGGGUAUAGACAAUGGAUGGAUGGAUGUUUUAUGGUAUAAAUGGCUCACAGAAAUCAUUGACAAUCAUUAACUCAUUAAUAUUAAAUCAACUGGCUUUAGACAUAUAAGCUUAUAGAGAUUGCUCUCGGAAGCACCUUUUAUACCACAGUAUGGUUGAAUGCAGGGUUCUGAUUGGUCGCUGGAUAUGGACUCAUUUUCUAGAACAAUUCAAGAUCAAACAUUAAACCAAAAAAAGUGUAAUAUUUUGAUAUGGUUAGUUUUCUGAAAGGAGAUGUUUAUUAGACGUUGAUGGAAGGAGUCUCCAGUACGAGUCGGUACUUUUCCAAUUAUUAAAACUAAUUUCUAGCUGUUAUAAUUAAUACAAUGACAUAAUAUUAGAUGUAAAUAUAAAUGGAUAAAAACAAUUGUUUAUUACUUAAAUAACUGUGGUUAUUAGAAAACAAUCACACAACCAUGUUAUGUAUUUCUUUUUAAUAUAUAUAUAUAUAAUUGUUUUUAAUGUUAGAAUUCUUUAACUGAAUGAUAGUAGGGUUAGUUUUCUUAUUUUAUAGAAUUCCGAUUGCUUUCUGUAUCUAGUCUCCAUUUGAAACUAGAAACAUCUUGGAUCUUAGGCGACUUGUUUUUCUUUCUUUUUUUCCCAUAUUGCUUUAUUAAAACACCGGAUACGUUUCCGGAUGGAGGGAAGAAUCUUAUUUCACAAGUUAAUGACCCUUUAAUAAUGUCUUUCAGCAGCUCUUCUAAAACAAAUCCCUCAUCAUGAAUCCCAGACUGUAAGCAGGUUUGUUUCUCACACUCGUGUCAUCCUCAGCCUGUGUGUCCUAACACUAAGUGGUGUUAAUUAAUAUCUUAUGUUACAACACGAUCAGCCCAUUAUGAUAAGUGCCAUGUGCUGCGCCUGAGCCUGUGAAUACAUUUCAAAUGUCAUCUAACUACACCGAGAGAGAGAGAGAGAGAGAGAGAGAGAGAGGGGUGCAUGAUGGGUUAUUGUCCUGAACAUUAUGUCAGCAUGCAGAUGUUGCCUGAUGAAAUUAGCUUCGUAUCAGAUACAGUGUAUUUGAGGUGCCUACGCUUACACGCAUGACUGCACGGCAUGACUCUCUCUCUCUCUGUCUCUCUCUCUCAACUCUCUCUCUCUCGCUCUUCAUCUAUCUCUCAACUCUCUCUCUCUCGCUCUUCAUCUAUCUCUUGCUAUUUGUGUGCUCUGCGUCUGUGCAGGCAACACAGUGAGCCUGAGAAAUGCACCGCCCGCAGGCACUGUGAUAAAGCGAGUGAAACAGUGUGUUCUUUUUGCCUUGUCAUCUGGAUUGAUUUUUAUAAAUCUAUUUCGUGUCUCUCCGAGAUGAAUCACACAGGUUUCUGUACCAUCUUCUCUAAUCUAUACAUAGCAUAGGAGGGAAGAGACUUUUUACUUUAUUUUUUUCGUUUUUAUUAAAUUGGAUUCAAGUGAGCUUAAAACCU